GUGUUAUCCCUCAAUUUGGCUAAAUUUUACGAUGUAAGAACCCUAAUUUAUAUAUGAAUUGUGAUGAUUAUCUCCUACAUGAGAUUUCUCCAUUAUACUCAUAAACCCCACCCAAAUCUCUUACUCACUUUCUCUUUCCAGACUCGAUCUCUACUGCCUCUAAAAGAAGAACCAACCAACUGGAACACUACUCACUCGUUCGUCCUCUCAAACCCAUUGCUAUCUCUAUUAGAAAAAUGCAAAUCAAUGACCCAAAUGAAGCAAAUCCAGACGCAAAUGAUCAUAACGGGAUUAAUCUCAGAUGGGUUAGCUGCAAGUCGAUUAAUUGCCUUUUGUGCCAUCUCAGAAUCAAGAAAUCUUGAUUAUUGCACGAGAAUAUUGAACAAUUUACAAAACGUAAAUGUGUUUUCAUUGAACGUAACGAUUAAGGGUUACUAUGAGAGCGAAAAGCCGGAAGAAAGUCUUUUGUUGUAUAAGGAGAUGUUGACAAAAAGCAAAGGAUUGCGACCAGAUAAUUACACAUAUCCGUUGUUGCUUAAAUGUUGUGCCAAAUUGUCUUUGAUUCAGAUGGGUUUUGGGGUUAUUGGGCAUGUUAUUCAUCUGGGUUUUGAUUCCGAUAUGUAUGUGAACAAUUCUGUUAUUCAUUUCUUGGUGUUAUGUGGAGAAUUAGAUAAUGCACAGAAGGUGUUUGAUGAAAGUUGUCUUAGAGAUUUAGUGUCCUGGAAUUCAAUUAUUAACGGGUAUGUUAAGAGUGGGAAGCCAUGGGAGGCCUUGAGAUUGUUUCAUCAGAUGAAGAAAGAGGGGAUUAAGCCAGAUGAGGUUACCAUGAUAGGGGUGAUAUCUUCUUGUGUUCAACUCGAAAACUUGAAUCUUGGGAAAGAAUUUCAUCAAUAUAUCGAACAAAAUCAAAUAAAGAUGACAAUUCCACUUGUUAAUACCUUAAUGGACAUGUACGUGAAAUGUGGAAAUAUAGAAGCUGCAGAAAGUUUAUUCAAUAAAAUGUCUAAAAAAACGAUUGUGUCAUUAACCACCAUGAUUGUUGGUUAUGGAAAAUUCGGCCAUGUAGAAGCUGCCAAGAAACUGUUCGAUGAAAUGCCUGAAAAAGGUGUUGUUCAAUGGAACGCCAUGAUUGGUGUUUACAUUCAAUCCAAACGUUACAAAGAUGCAUUAGCAACAUUCCAAGAAUUUCAAACUACAAUGGUUAAACCCGAUUGGGUGACCAUGGUUCAUUGCUUAUCCGCAUGCACACAACUUGGAGCACUUGAUCUUGGAAUUUGGCUCCAUCAUUACAUCACAAAACACCAUCUUCCUAUAAACAUAGCCUUAGGCACUGCACUAGUUGACAUGUAUGCUAAAUGUGGCAACAUAGCAAAAGCACUCCAAGUGUUCGAUGAAAUGCCUAACCGAAAUUCCCAAACAUGGACAACCAUAAUCGUUGGUCUAGCUUACCAUGGCAAUGCUCAUGAUGCGGUUUCAUGUUUCUGGGACAUGAUCAAUGUUGGCAUCACACCAGACGAUGUGACAUUUGUAGGUGUCCUUUCUGCUUGUUGCCAUGGUGGUUUGGUGAAUGAGGGUCGCAAGAUUUUCACACAAAUGACAUCAAAAUUCAACGUUUCUCCCAAAUGUAAACACUAUUCUUGUAUGGUGGACAUUUUGGGUAGGGCUGGUUUGCUUGAAGAAGCCGAAGAGGUGAUCAAGAGUAUGCCAAUUGUUGCGGAUGAUGGUGUUUGGGGAGCAUUGUUUUUUGCUUGUAGAGUUCAUGGGAAUGUUGAGAUGGGUGAAAGAGCGGGUUUUAAACUACUUGAAUUGGAUCCUAGUGAUAGUGGGAAUUAUGUGUUGUUAGGGAAUAUGUAUAGGGAAGCAAAGAUGUUUGAGAAAGCUAUGGAGGUGAGGAAGUUGAUGAGGGAAAGAGGUGUAGAGAAGACUCCUGGUUGUAGCUCAAUUGAGGUGAAUGGAAAUGUUCAUGAGUUCAUUGUUAGAGACAAAUCACACCCUUAUUAUCAAGAAAUAGUUGAAUGUUUGGUUCAUUUAGCAAAGCAAGUCAAGGGUUUUGGGGAUGUGGGUUUGAAGUUGUUCAAAUGA